AAAGCGGAAGCUGCCUGAGGGAAGAACGAGUGGACGGGCCGGAAAGGGGUUUGGUGAGCAGCUGCUGCUUUCAGCUCUGGGGUUGCCCCACACCAGGCGGCAGGUCCCUUAAGAGUGCUGAGAUGAGCAGUGAACUCAGAGGAAAAGGUUCUGGGCGAGGAAGAGGUGGCUUUCAGAGAUGGCGAGGAAGAGGAGCAUGGCAAGGGAGAGGAAAAGGACGUGGACAGAGAGGAGAAGGGAAAAGUGCUGGGAAGUCAGAGUCUGCUCUGCCUCAGUUCAUUCAGAUGACUCUGGAUCAGAUUCCUACUUAUAGAGGCUGGAAACUAUAUUUCUCUGAAGCAUAUGAUGACAACUCCCCUUUUGUUCAGAAGAUUGAAGCAUUUGAGAAAUUUUUUGUGUCUCGAAUAGAGCUUUAUGAUAAGGAUGAAAUAGAAAGAAAAGGAAGUAUUCUUGUGGAUUAUGAAGAGCUGGCACAUGAUAAAGAAUUAAUGGAAUCAAUGCCUGAUAUUGCUUCUGAAUUAAGAGAUAUGCCACAAAAGAUAUUGGAUUGCAUGGGCCUAGCCAUACAUCAGGUGCUAAGCAAAGAUCUUGAAAAACAUGCAGCACAACUUCAGGAACAAGAAGGACUGUCCAUUGAUGAAGAACCCAUAAUUAAUGUCCCAUAUAUUCACGCAAGAGUGUACAACUAUGACCCACUUACUCAGCUUAGGAAUAUUCGAGCCAAUUGCUAUGGGAAAUUUGUGGCUUUGCGUGGGACUGUGGUGCGUGUCAGUAACAUUAGGCCUAUCUGCACCAAGAUGGCAUUUAUAUGCAGUGCCUGUGGAAACACUCAGAGUUUCCCUUUACCUGAUGGCAAAUAUACUCUUCCUACAAAGUGUCCUUUGCCUGAAUGUCAUGGACGAUCAUUCACUCCUGACAGAAGUUCUCCUUAUACAGUUACUGUGGACUGGCAGUCUAUUAAGAUUCAAGAGCUCAUGUCCGAUGAUCAGCGAGAAGCGGGAAGAAUUCCUCGAACAAUAGAAUGUGAACUGGCACAGGAUCUGGUAGACAGCUGCGUUCCGGGAGAUGUGAUUACCGUCACAGGCAUUGUCAAAGUGUCAAACACUGAGGAAGGAGCAUCAAGAAAUAAAAAUGAUAAAUGUGUCUUCCUGUUGUACAUCGAAGCAAACUCUAUCAGCAACACUAAAGGACAGAAAGUCAAGGACUAUGAACAUGGAAUAAACCACCAAGCCGGCAUGGAGUUUUCACUUAAAGAUCUUUAUGCUGUCCGGGAAAUACAAGCAGAAGAGAACCUGUUUAAGCUCAUUGUCAAUUCUCUUUGUCCUACUAUCUACGGUCAUGAGAUUGUGAAAGCUGGCUUAGUGUUGGCAUUGUUUGGAGGCUGUCAAAAGUAUAUGGAUGAUAAAAAUCGGAUUCCUAUUCGAGGAGACCCUCAUCUUCUGGUGGUUGGAGAUCCAGGACUGGGGAAGAGUCAGAUGUUGCAAGCUGUAUGCAAUAUUGCACCUCGUGGUGUGUAUGUGUGUGGCAAUGCGACGACUGCAGCUGGUCUGACUGUAACUCUGUCCAGAGACAGUUCUUCUGGAGAUUUUUCCUUGGAAGCUGGUGCCCUUGUCCUUGGAGAUCAAGGCAUUUGUGGAAUAGAUGAGUUUGAUAAGAUGGGUAACCAGCACCAAGCCUUGCUGGAAGCUAUGGAACAGCAAAGCAUCAGCCUCGCCAAGGCUGGUAUUGUUUGCAGUUUGCCAGCGAGGACGUCAAUAAUAGCGGCUGCAAAUCCAGUUGGGGGACACUACAACAAGGCCAAAACAGUAUCUGAGAAUUUAAAAAUGGGGAGCGCUUUAUUGUCGCGAUUUGACUUGGUGUUCAUACUGCUGGAUAUACCGAAUGAAGAUCAUGACUACCUGCUUUCCGAACACGUGAUGGCAAUGCGAGCAGGAAAACAGAGUGGAUGCAGCAGUGCUGUAGUGCUUCGCGCGAGCUCUCAGAAUUCGAACAUAUCGGUCCUUGAAGCCGUUUCAGACAAACCGUUGUUGGAAAGAUUAAAGGUCAUUCCGGGAGAAAAUUUUGACCCAGUUCCACACCAGCUGUUGAGGAAGUAUGUUGGCUAUGCCCGUCAGUAUGUGCACCCCACGCUAUCUCCAGAGGCCGCUCAGGUCCUCCAGGAAUUCUACCUUCAACUCCGACAACAAAGCCAAAGAGCAGACAGCACACCUAUCACCACACGACAGUUGGAGUCCUUGAUACGUCUUACCGAGGCACGGUCAAGGUUAGAAUUAAAAGAAAAGGCCACCAAAGAAGAUGCUGAAGAUGUCAUAGAAAUAAUGAAAUACAGCAUGUUGGGAACUUACUCCGAUGAGUUUGGGAAGUUGGAUUUUGAUCGUUCGCAGCACGGUUCCGGAAUGAGCAACAGGUCGCAAGCAAAGAGGUUUGUUUCUGCCCUUCAUCGUAUUGCAGAAAGAACCUACAACAGCCUUUUUGAGGUUCAACAGCUGCGGCAGAUUGCAAAGGAGGUAAAUGUAAAAGUAGCUGACUUUGAAAACUUCAUUGGCUCUUUAAAUGAUCAAGGUUAUUUCUUGAAAAAAGGUCCAAGGCUGUAUCAGCUUCAAACUAUGUGAAGGAAUUCAGCAACCAAAGUAACUGAGUUUUUGGAAGAGGAUCAGUAGAACACAACACGAUACUCUGUUAAGGCUACCAAGGCUUAAAUGCAAGACCUUUUUAAAAAUCAGUACUUUGUUACACCAGGUGUUACAAAAUAUGUGCAGAAACCUGCUCAGAUAGGUUAUUAUGGAGAAAAUGACUUCAGCUGUCAUUUCAAAGUCAUGUAAAUAAGUAAAACUUAAACAAGUAGUGAAACUUA